UCUCUGCUAAAAAUCAUCGAUAAUGGGUGUGAAUCCAAACUCCGAGCCGUCGAUCGAGAUCAACGGCCUAAAAUUCACCUACCCAGGAAUCAACGGCCACCCGCCGCCGGGCUCCAAGCCGCUGAUCAAGUACUUCAAUCUCACCUUUAACGCCAGCGACCGAUGCCUCCUCGUCGGAUCCAACGGCGCGGGGAAAACCACGAUCUUGAAGAUCCUGGGCGGCAAGCACAUGGUCGAGCCCCACAUGGUUCGCGUGCUAGGAAGGUCGGCGUUUCACGACACCGCCUUGACCGGAUCCGGCGACCUCUCGUAUCUCGGCGGAGAGUGGCGGCGAGAUGUCGCAUUCGCCGGGUUUGAUGUCCCGAUUCAAAUGGACGUUUCGGCUGAUAAGUUGAUCAAUGGGGUUGCGGGGAUCGACCCACAAAGGAGAGCAGAGCUGAUAAAGGUUUUGGAUAUUGAUCUUUCAUGGCGGUUGCACAAGGUGUCCGAUGGUCAGAGAAGACGAGUGCAAAUCUGUAUGGGUCUGCUCAAGCCAUACAAGGUACUCAAUUUCCAUGUUUCACAGUUUUGAUGAUGUUUUUUUUUUU